UGCUACGCUAGGAUAUGAUUGGCCAAUGAGCUUGCCCGAACACGAUGGCGGACGAAUUCCCCCAUCCUUGCUUAACAACAAUCCUUGUGGCAGUUUAAAAUGGAAAUAUUGUUCUGAAAUAUCUUCUGCUAAAGCCACAUUAAAUAAAACGUAAUCAUCAAAUGGCUUCUCUUGAAUCUCGUGGCCCAGAUUCAGAUGGUAAUGGAUCAUUGACACCAUCAGAACAGAGUGAGAAUGAAGAACGAAGUGAGAAUGAUUCAGAUUAUGAAAGUGAUGAUGGAGAAGAUCAUCUGGAACCUAAGGGAAAGGCUCUCAACGUCCAGUGGACUGGCUAUGGUAAAAGAGUUCCGAUUAUCUUGUUUAAUGCUGAGACAAUUCUUAACAAAAGAACAGAUUUUAAAACAGUCGGAGAAAGGUACCAUCUGGCUUUUAAGUUUGCCUCAACUGACUGCAAGAUUGUUCGUAACAUUUUAUUAUCACAUGGAUUUCAUGAGGUCCACCCAAACAGUAUAGACUACAAUUUAGUAUGGAGCAAUUCACACCUCAAGCCAUUUACAUUGAGAACCAUGUCAGAGUUUCAGAAAAUCAACCAUUUCCCAAGAUCCUAUGAGCUUACUAGAAAAGAUAGACUAUUUAAAAAUAUUCAAAGAAUGCAGCAAAUAAAGGGUUACAAGCAUUUUGAUUUCAUUCCCCCAAGUUAUGUUUUACCUGGAGAUUAUCAAGACUUUUGUUCAAGCUUUUUGAAAGACAAAGGACCUUACAUUGUAAAGCCAGUUGCAUCCUCAAGAGGAAGGGGAGUUUUCCUCAUAAAUCAUCCGGAUCAAGUUCCUUUAGAUGAAAAUGUUAUCGUGAGCAAGUAUAUCUCUUCGCCUUUAGUCAUUGAUGGAUUUAAGUUUGACGUUAGACUCUAUGUGACCGUGACGUCGUAUGACCCACUUGUAAUUUACCUGUAUGAAGAAGGAUUGACCAGAUUUGCCACAGUGAAGUAUGAAAAAAAUGUCAAACACCUGAGAAAUCAGUGCAUGCAUUUAACCAACUACAGCGUUAACAAGAAAAGUCAAGAUUAUGUUAAGAAUGAUGAUCCAGAUGUUGAAGACUAUGGCAAUAAGUGGUCUAUGGGCGCUAUGCUACGAUAUUUGCGGUCUGAGGGCAAGGACACGGCUGCUCUCAUGAUGCGAAUUGAGGAUGUGGUUAUCAAAACCAUACUCUCCGUGGAAUCAUCUGUUGCCACUGCGUGCAAGAUGUUCCAGUCUUUCAGAGGAAAUUGUUUUGAGCUGUAUGGUUUUGACAUACUACUGGAUGAGAACUUAAAACCAUGGGUUUUGGAAGUAAAUCUGUCACCAUCUCUUGCUUGUGACAGUCCACUUGACCUCAAAAUCAAAACCAACAUGUUAUGUGACCUCUUUAGCCUUGCUGGUAUUAUUUGCCAUGACCCCAUGAUGCGUACUCGCCAGCAACAAAGUAAACAAAGCACAGAGAUUGCAGCCAAACUGAAAAGUCGACUAAAGGGUGAUAUAGAUGAAGCUUUAGCAGAGAUGUUAAAUCAGAUUGAAGCAGCAAGACAAAAUAUGAAAGAAGCAGAUUCCUGGCUUCUUAGAAGGUCACAACGUCCUCUCUCAGCCACAAGUUCUGGCUCUAAGGAGCGCCAGACCCAGUCUGGGAUGGCUGGCCUUAGCAGUGAUGAGAUUAAGAUAGUUCGACGGGUUAAAGAGGAAGAGGUGAGAAAAGGAGGCUGGAUAAGGAUUUUUCCAACUACAGACAGCUGGGAGACCUAUGGAAGUUUUCUUCAGUUUCCAACCUCUCACAAUCUCAUGCUACACCAAAGACUUUAUGGAGAGAGGCACAAAGCACUUAGCAAAGCAUCAGGUAGCAAUUCCAUCACCCCUUCUAGAUCCAAAAGUAGUCUGCAAGUUCAGACCCCUGGUAAAGCUGAGCAAGAGAAAUUUCUAGAAUCUUACACUCAAGCUCUUCUUCGAGCCAAACAAUAUGAAAGCAGAUUAGGUCAACUUAAAUCCAAGUCAAGACGAAUGAAAAAGAAGCCUGCAAAAACAAAACCAAAACGAAAUAAAUUGGUUCAAGGAGUACAUGAACAGGAGGAUCACGCUGAACAAAUUUCAGAAGAAGAAGCGGUUAAUGAUAAAGGCAAAGAGAAUAAGGAAACAGAACAGAAGCUAGAAACAAAAGUUGUAAAUGAAGUAAAAGAUGCCAGUGCAAAAAGUGUACCCAAUGAGAAAGAAGAAGAAAAAUCAGGUGAUGUGGAGUCUGCAGAACUUAAACAAGCUCCAGAGCCUGGUCAUCGCUCUCCCUCAUUUUCUCCUACACCUGUUCCUAAGUACGAUGUUGUAGGGCUUUUAGAAAAGGGUCAUACACUGAGCAAGGUACAAGCCAGGACAGCCUUUGCCAUGUACUUGAUUAGGGUUCAGCAAAGAUUAUUGUCUGAUUGUGGAGGAGUUUUAAAGCAAGAAGAUGUUGAUGCUCUGAAUGAACAAAUGGAUCUUGUCUUGCGGUUCUUGAAACGUGCAGCAGUAAAUAUACCUCAGUCAUUUAGAGUUAUAGUUCCUAGCAGAAAGCUACCUCUAAGUGACAGAAGAAGAAUUCUAGCAAAACAAUUAGGUGAUUUUGUACACAUAUACAAUAAGGAAACUGAUAAUCUGAAAGCUGUCAAGGUUAGGAAUAGAAUUGAGAACAAAAAGGCAAGAAGAACAGAUAGUUCUGAUGGCAUGGAUGAAACCAAGUUUGAUCAGUUUGUGUACACAGCAACGGAGGGCGAGCUGGAAGAACUGCUCACAACUUACACAAAGAUCAAUAGAUCUGCUGCCAUCUUUUUGGGAGGUGACACUAAGCCUAGUGUGAAUAUAUCAGACUCAAAGAAGGAAAUCUUGUCUAAACGUCGAGAAAAUCCUGAUAUUACUGAGGGUACAUUGCCAGCUGGCACGCUUGGUCAUGGAACUGGAGAUGAUGUAACUAAAGGCCGACAUGCUCAACCACCAAACAUUAACAGCAAUAAUGUUCUCUUUUAUCUCUCAAGCCAAGCAGUCUAUGAUCACCAUACAGGAAAAUUAAUUGGAGCUGCCUCACGCCCUAGCUCAGUGCAACUCCGUAGUGCACCACAACACUCUUACUUGUCUGCUGUCUCAAUUUACUCUCAAAAACUUGGAAGGCCGCAUUCAGCCACAAACACCGGGCUUGCUCACCGUGCAGGUCGUACUAUUGGAUUGCGACCAUCAACUGCGGUAACCAAUCAUCAGACAAUAUCAAACCAGAAUAAAUUCAGUACAUCUGAUCCUGUAGUUGAUACAUUUAAUGAGAAGGCAAUUCAAGAGGCACUUCAACGUUUAGCCCAACGGCAGCAAGCUAGACAGUACUCUGCCCAUAAUGGCUCAACUGUCCUGAAAGCAGAUUAUGAAAGCAUGUCCUUAAAGCAUCAGCCUAAUGAUGUCAAGUACCAAGAAAGUCAUCAGCCCUUCUUCAUACCAACUCCUGGUCAAUUGCCAGUUCACAUAGCUAGUUCUCAGGGAUCAGGUCCUCACUUUAUUUCCAUGGAGGAUCAGUUUGUACGGGGAGCACAGAGGCAGCCAGUCUUGAGUCAAGAAACCAGCCAAAGAGCAGCGUACUUAUCCCGACCCAUGUCACAGCCGUCAAACUUUCAUCUGCACAAUGCCAACACGACUUUCAACAGUUUUAUAGAGGACCCCAAGCAAACUGACCAUGCUUACUCUGAUAUAGAUUCAUUACUCCCUCAUGGCUAUCACAUGGCCCCUUUUCAAAGUCGACAGCUACACCUAGCACAGCAACAAGCUAUAAAGCAACGCAUGAUGGAACAAAGCAAAGUAAUGAUGGAACAGUCAAAGGCAAAUUAUAAUGCCUUGGUGACACAGGCACAGAGCCAGCAGACUCCAGUAGACUCAGCUUACUCUCAUAUACAUGAUAUUUGCUCAGAAGAUUCCAUAGCCUUUCCUGGCCAGAAUCACCAUUCCAAACCACAUAUACCAAAGCCACCAGAUAAUUUAUCACACAAGAGAACAAGUGCUCACAGAGUUCACAGAAGAGCAGAUGUAGAAGAAAAUAAUCUCCACAUGUACUCUAACUAUAUGGCAAGUGGAUAUGGAUCUCAGAGUUAGCAAGAGAAUAUUUCCCAGCAUCUUUGUCCUGUUUGUCAUAAAUUUAUUGAGUGAAACAUGGAGUGGUUCUAUAAAGUUCUUUGAGGAAUGUGACAUGACUGUUACUUGACCAGAUGAAAGAUAAAAAGCUGUUUGCCAUUUGUAUGAACGUUGCAGCUACCAAGUAUCUCAAAGUAUAAGAUGUGAUUCCUCUUGUUAGGGACAGAUUAAAAAUGAAUCUACUUCUAAUAUUUGCUGAUGUACAAAUCCAUUCCUUUCACUGCGGGUGUUUUCAUUUUUUUUUCAAAUCAGGAGAAAUGUGUGUACAGAAAUAAAGCUAAAUGUAAAAUUUGUUACCUAAAAUUGAUUAGUAUAAUAUAUUCUAACACUUGAAAAUAUGUUUGCUUUUAGAUGCCUGUUAAUUUAAUUUGUUAUGAUAAUGAGAAUAAAUUGUCUCAGUUUUAGCUCAGUAUCAAUGGCAAUGUUGAUUUAUGUUGUAGAAUGAUUUGAUGCUAACUUGAGAAAAAUUAACAUUCCAUUUUCAUAGUAUUCCCACUUUAGCCAUUUAUAUCACAUUAUUCUUGGCUCAAAAUAUCCGUCCAUCAUAUUAACAAAGCUAUGUAACUGUGAUUGCUGUUAAAUGCAGUAAAACCUAAGUGACCAAAAUCUUCAUCAAUGUUAAGCAGCAUUUUAGUUUUAAAAAUAAUACAAACUUAGAAGUGAAUUUGUUUUAAACAGGUUGAGAGGACCCUUUAAGCUUAUUUAGUCAUGGAGUUUAUAUGUUCUAUAACCCGUUCAUGGUUUAAAACAAAUUCUGGUUGAUUUUCUGUCAUUUAAAACAUAGAGGUGGUUGUUGUCUGUAUUUUUCAAAGAACUAAAAAUUAAAUUUUCAGCCUAAUCUGAAUUACUAUUUGUUUUAUAAAUGAAUACAUUAAUGAUAUUAUUAGUUUGCUAGUAAAAAAAAUUAUACUGUCACAUUUAUUUAUCUUCCAAUUAAAAAAUAUCCUGUAUAUAGAGCAUUAAUGAAAAAAUAAUUUUUCAUCAUUUGAAAAAUAUUGUAGUUGAACUUCCAUUUCUGAAAAUGGCUUGAGCAACCCAUGAUAACAUAGCAAAGCAGAAUAUGUAGUUAUUUCUCACUCAAAAAUCAAAAUCAUUGACCUUAAAAUUGUAUAGGGCAUACAUGAUUUCUAUUAAAAUAAAUUAACUACUUUAA